UUAUAAUUUCAAAAUUAGGAGACCUAAACAUGAUGGAGAAUAAAGAAACUACAUCUCCUCCAAAGGCUAUUGAUGACAAUUCAGAGCACGUUUCAAAACUUGUUCAUCAAUUCUACUUUGUCAAGCUUUGGCCAAUAGAUCAAGAUUCAAUAUGUAAAAUCAAAGUUGAAGAGAACGUGGUUAAGAAAAUGAAUCAAGAUAUUUCUGAAAUCACAGAAAGUAUCACAAAGAAAAUGUCGGAAAAAGAGCAUCUAGGUUCUUUGUUGAGCAGGUUAAACUAUCCACGAAGGGAACAUAUAAAGCAAGUGGCGGCGAGUAAAGAGAAGGUACUAAAGAACUUAGAUAUGAUUCUUGAAGUAUUGUGUUUGAUGAAUAAAAAAGCAAAGAGAGGAUGGUUUGUUGAAGAACAUGAUAAAAAUAAUUUCAAUUCGUUGAUGCUACAUGGGAACAAAAGUUUGAUUGAGGAGAAAAGAAUUCUGAGAGAUAUAAAUUUUCUGCAAAAAGAUGUUGAUCCAUUCAAAUCACUAGAAGUGCUUAAGAAAACGAUAAGAAGCAGUUAUUAUUUGAAGAAUUGGAAGCAGCUUCUAAAAGAAAUUGAAAUAUUUCAAAUCCAAUAUAUGGAAAGAGCUUCUGGUAAUGAUUAUGUGAAGGGUAAUAUUUCCAACUUUGAGUCUUUGAAGAAAAUCAUGAAAGACCAAAUCAAGGUUCUAUGUGAUGAGUCUUUGAGAAAUAGAAGAGAGUUGAUGGAAUAUGGGACGAGAAUUAGACAUGGUUUGAAAGAAGUAGAAGGCAUCAAUGGAGAAUUAUGUUGUUUGAAAGGAAAAUUGAGUGAGAAGAAUAAGUUAAAGGGUGAAGCAUAUCAAAAGAUUUUGAAAUUGAAAAAAUUGUAUCCUGAAGAGAUUCUCCAGUAUUACCAGUAUUGUUCAGAUAUGAAUAAAGUCUACCAGCUGGUUGAAGAAAAAGAUAUGGGAAGCCUUGAUGAGAUGUCAAGAUCAGAGGUUGGGAAGUUCAUGUUAGAAUGGAAUAAUAAUAAAGCUUUUCGAGAAGACUAUGAGAAGAAAGUUAUGCAAUCAAUGAAGAGACGACAGCUAAGUGGAGAUGGGCGAAGAAAGCCCGAUAAAUCGUGAAGUAUCGUGUUGUUGUAAUGUUGGGAGCAAAAAUUGAAUUUAGUUUAGAAUAAAUUAUAUUAUGGUGAAAGUACUAAACAACCUACUAUAUCGGGCUGAUGUUUUGAUUUAUAUUUAUUAUUUAAAAUAAUUGAAAUGUAUAUAUCAAAUU